AGUAGGUACGGUCACACGCAUUUUAGCUCCGUGCAAUCGAAAGCCUCUGUCCGUUUAGGAAUAUUAUAGCAUAACACACCUGCUGUGGUAGUAGAGAAGAAACGCACAACGAAUAUUUUUAUUUUUAUACAUCGGUUCUCUGUGUUCGUGGUACAUCAUCACUUAGUGCACUAUACAAUUCCUGGAAUACUUGGCAAGACGAACUUCCUUUUGUUUUUUCUUCUCUCUCUUUUAACGGAAGUUCUUCUCACAGGAAAAGUGGGAUAAACCAGCGAAUGGAGCAAGCAAAAUUCCGAGAGGAAUUAACCCAUGUCAGUAGGAGAAUUCGGCAAUAGCCCAAUGUAGUUUUCCGUGGACUGUGGCGAGAUCUGUUUAGUUUGGUCUCUCUGUGUUUCCACUGGGGCGAGAGCAAGAGGAAUACAAGCCUUGGGGUAUUUAUGAAUGGACUGGAGACUGGCUUGUGUGGACUGGUUACUGUAAAUCCCGGGGAACAUGUUUUGGGAAGGAGAGAACAUUACGAACAAUACCAGUUUGUUGCAGCUCGCCAGGAGAGAUGCCUGGUGCUGGCAUUUCGUCCUCAGCAGCAUCGGCAAAGAUAAGACGUGGCUACGAAAACUUGUGCGUCUGGAUUUUGGAUUUGAUUGUUUUCCAGCACGAACGGAUGUUUGCCGAUUUGAGAAUCAUUAAUCUCAUUAUUAUACUCGCCGUCUUUCUCCCACUCCCUGCGUGGCGUACGUUUUGGAAAUCAGAUUUCACUGGAUAUAAAUAUUCUGCCUCCAAAGACCUUUUUACAUCUUUCCAGAGACGUACAGCUUUAAUUUCUAAGCGUAAGUCUAAACAGAAUAGAGCGACGUCGUCCUACGAUGUUACUUUGUAGCGUUGGACAGUUAAACUGUUAAUGACUGUUCUGCUUAUUCUAUGAUAGGUAUAUGACAUAUGCACAUGCCUUUUUGUUUUUAGCGUUUAAUUUACUGUCAAAUGGAACACAUGCUACCACAACUCACCAAGAGACUCGGACUGAAUCUGAACUCAAGUCAGACUUGUUUAUUGGGCUGUUAUAACUUACUAGGAGAGCUGUAAAAUGAGAAAAAAUUCUGCUCAUUAUUUCCUGGAUCCAAAACGUCUGUGUGGGUGGAAAACUGGUUCGACAGAAUGAAACUAACAUUUACAGGGUCAUAACAGCUGGAAAAAAGUAAACUUUUUGCUGUUUAAAUUUUUGUUGUGAUCCUAAAAGAAACAGUUCAUGUGGUAGGAAAACACUUCCUAGGGACACAGUUUGCAGAACAGCUUUCAAAUAGUAAUAAUAAUUAUUUUAAAAAAUACAAAAAGGAACAGUUGGAGUGGGGGAGACAAAGGAGAAAAAGGGGGAAAAAACACAUCUGGUUGUUGGAUCAUGGCUGCUGAGUGUGCUAGGCGGUCUCUGGUUUUAUUAUCAUUCUUGGCAGUGGGAGCUGCUGCCUUCUCCGGUGUCUUUAAUGCCUCAGACAAAGAUGUUUUUAGCGAUGACUUGGAGCAGGUCAGGCUCGCGGAGGACAGUGGUACGGAGCAGUGGAAGCACAUGGCGGACAACCUUCACCCCAAUCUUUAUUUCGACCAGGUGGAUGUACAGUUGCUGAGGCAGAGGUCCAGCACCACUCACAGCCACCUUUUCAAAGUGAUCCGGGCGGCCGUCAUCACCAUGCUGUCCAACGCUGCUCUCUACCUGCCGCCGGUGAAGCAUGAGGAGUUCACCAGCAAGUGGAACGAGAUCUACGGGAAUAACCUCCCCCCGCUCGCCCUCUACUGCCUGGUGUGCCCGGAGGACGCCGCGGCGUUCAAGUUUCUGGUGAAGUACAUGGACCGGAUGGCGGAGUACCCAGACUGGAUGGUGACCAGUGCCCCCAAUGACGAGGUGCCCAUGGCUCACUCCCUCACCGGGUUCGCCACCGCCUACGAUUUCAUUUACGCCUCCUUGGACACGCGCCGAAGGGGCACUUACCUCAAGAAAAUACGCGCCGCAACUGAGGAGCUGUACGAGCUGUCUAAGUACAGGGGGUGGGGCAAGCAGUUCUUACAGAACCACCAAACCACCAACAUCUUAGCCAUCCUGACCGGCGCCAUAGUGGCCGGGGAGCACAACGACCCGGAAACGAUGAUUUGGAAGCAGGUGUCGGUCAACUACAUGGAGAAGACCAUGUUCCUGCUGAACCACAUUGUGGACGGGUCCCUAGACGAGGGUGUGGCUUACGGAAGCUACACGGCCAAGUCCAUCACACAGUACGUGUUCCUGGCGCAGCGCCACUUCAACAUCGACAACACGCACAACAACUGGCUCAGGGCGCACUUCUGGUUCUACUACGCCACCCUGCUGCCUGGCUUUCAGAGGACUGUGGGCAUAGCUGACUCAAACUACAACUGGUUUUACGGGCCAGAGAGCCAGCUGGUGUUCCUGGACGCUUUCGUCCUGCGGAACGGCACAGGCAACUGGCUGGCUCAGCAGAUCCGAAAACACCGGCCCAAAGAUGGCCCCAUGGGUCAGUCCUCAGCCCAGCGCUGGACUACUCUGCACACAGAAUACAUCUGGUAUAAUGCCAACUUCAUCCCCCAGCCACCCCCUGGAUAUGGCAACGCGAGGAUGCAUAUCUUCUCCAACUGGGGCGUGGUGACAUAUGGGGCAGGAAUGCCCAACAGCCAGGGUAACACGUUUGUCUCCUUCAAAUCUGGUAAGCUUGGUGGUCGGGCAGUGUAUGAUAUUGUCCAUGCCAAGCCCUACUCCUGGGUUGAAGGCUGGAACAGUUUCAACCCAGGGCAUGAGCACCCCGACCAGAACUCCUUCACUUUUGCGCCCAACGGGCAGGUUUUCGUGUCUGAAGCACUGUAUGGGCCCAAAUACAGCUACCUAAACAAUGUGCUGGUGUUUGCCCCUUCUCCAACCAGCCAAUGCAACGCGCCGUGGGAGGGGCAGCUGGGAGAGUGUGCCAAGUGGCUGCGCUGGGCAGACGAGGAGGUGGGAGACACCGCUGGCGAGGUCAUCACGGCCUCCUCCCACCAAGACUCCAUGUUCGUUAGCGGCGAGUCGGCGCCAGCGUACUCCUCAGCCAUGAAGCUCAAAAGUGUGUAUCGUGCUCUGGUGCUUCUCAACUCCCAGACUUUGCUGGUGGUGGACCACGUGGAGAAGCGGGAGGACUCUCCUCUCAACACGCUCAGUGCCUUCUUCCACAACCUGGACAUCGAUUUCAAGUACGUCCCACACAGGUUCAUGGAAAAGUUCAACGGGGCUCUGAUGGACGUGUGGGACGCCCAUUACAAAAUGUUUUGGCUCGACAAUCAGAACUUCAGCCCGGCCCCUAGGAUACAGGAGGCAGAGCAGGCGGCUGAAUUCAAGAAGCGAUGGACUCAGUUCAUCAACGUCACUUUUCCCAUGAGGAGUACAGUCAGCAGGGUGGUCUAUGUGAUGCACGGUCCUUACGUAAAGGUGUCCAACUGUAGGUUCAUCGACGACAGCAAAAAUGGACUGAGGCUGUCUGUGACUGUUAAUAAUACUGAAAACAUAGUGUCCAUUGCUACAAAUUAUAAAGAUAUAGGUGCCAGAUUAGGCUACUUGGGCUUCGGGGGGUUUGCUAAAGUAGAGAACGAACAUCAGAUCGUGUGCUUUGGUGUGGGAACUCAACUUGUCCCAAAGCAAACUGCAGCGGAGCACAGUGUGUUUGAUUUUGGAUUCGUAGUUAACGUGAUAGUUGGGGUGACUCUGUGUAUUGCCAUUGGAUUUUUGUCCUUGAGAAGAAAGUUUUACAUUUGCUUCAGUAAGCUCAUGCGGUACACUCUCCUCUCAGUUCUCCUGCUAUGGAUAAUUGAGCUUUUGUUUGUCUCCAAUAGCUGUGAUCAGCUGCUCUGUGGGGUGAAAUGGAAGGGAGUCUCUGACUCGGGGGUUGGCGUGCCAGUCACGCUUUCAGAACCGCACCCUUACACCCUUCCGACCGUUGUCAUAACCACCCUUCCUGGGUCUGGAGCAGAGAUUCUGAAGCACCUUUUUUACAACAGCACCGAUUUCAUUUACAUCCGAGUCCCUACAGAGCACCUUGAUAUUCCAGAGACGGAGUUUGAGUUUGACUCCCUGGUGGAUGCCUGUGAGUGGACGAAAGCUGACGCCCAGAAUGGGCAUUUCAAAGUGAUUCAGGGCUGGUUCCACUCCCUGGUCCACAACACGAAGCUACACCUGCAGAACAUCCAGCUGGACGAGACCAGCAGAGCCAAGUUGGCGCUAGAAGGCGACCUCGCCUCCUCACUAAAGAGGAAGAGAGCCAGGAGGAAAGAGCCAUUAUCCGAGCAGAGGGGCACAGGUAAGGGGAGCAUGGACAGGGAUGUGGAGUACAUCAGGGAACUGCGGCGGCAUGUCGGGCAGUACCAAAACGCUCGUGCUGUCCUGAGCUUGAGGAGCGGCAGCUGGACCUUGAAACUUCCCUUUGUCCAGGAGGUGAUUGGCCCCUCCUUGCGUGCGAUCUACGUAGUGAGGGACCCACGGGCCUGGAUCUACCUGAUGUUGUACAACAGCAAGCCCAGCCUCUAUUCCCUCAAGAACAUCCCACAGCACCUGGCUCUGAUCUUCAAAGACAGCAGCAGGGGCAGGUGCGUGGGAUUUGCGCCUGAGUUCCGGUUGCUGCAGAGGGUCUUGUCCCAGUCUGAGUCCGACCCGGUCCUGCUGCUGGCACACCUGUGGCUGGCACACACCACCGCUACGCUCCGCAUCAGCGGGGACCUUCCCACGGACACCUACCUCCAGGUGAGGUUUGAAGAUGUCGUGCACUUUCCGGAGGAGACCGCGGAACGGAUACACUCCUUUCUGGGUGUACCCCUCACUCCCACUGCUCUCAACCAGCUCAUGUUCACCACCUCCACAAACUUGUACAACCUGAUGUAUGAGGGGGACAUAUCACCAGCCAACAUCAACGCGUGGAGGCAGAACAUGCCCCUGAACGACAUUAGACUGAUUGAGGACACAUGCUGGUUUGUGAUGAAGCGGUUAGGAUAUUCAAGGUUUACAAAUUAAAGGCUGCAGGUCAGCUGAUGGCUUUACCUUUUCAGUGUGUGUUCCUUUUGUUGUUGUCUUUUGCACUAAUAGAACAUUCAAUUAAAUUUGCAUCAUUGGUAUGGCCAGCACCUGAGCAAGGUUAUAAGGGUUAUAGAGGCAAAGGGGAGUAUAAGAUAAACUUGACAGACAAAAUCUCCAUUAGUUUGUUCUUUGGGCCAGCUGUGGUUGAGUCUGAUCAAAAGCAAUACCUUAUGAUGGUCAGAAUGUGAUAUUUUACAUUAAAAUGUUAUUGGAUUCAUUUUUAAAAUAAUACCUGUCAUAUUUUUCCCACUGUUUUAU